UUUCCCAGAUCACCCUGGGGGAACAAGGUAACGCCCCCAAGACAAUCUCAAGCAAUAGGAAGAAGCGGAUGGAGAAGUGAAAAAGCAAUAACAGGAACACGUGUAGUGCAGACCCGGGCGGGGAUUUGGUAGUGACGAUGCCUUGAUCAGGAAUUCAUUCUGUUCUCCAUGGUUACUCUGCAGAUAUGCCUGAGGGUCCGGAGCUUCACCUUGCCAGCCUCUUUGUAAACAAGGUUUGCAAUGGGUUGCACUUUGCAGGUGCAGUAGAAAAAUCUGCUGUCAGCAAGAAUACAGAUGUGCCAUUUAACUGUCCUGAAUACACAAUUAGCUCUGUGUCCAGAGGAAAGGAAGUGAAGCUGAUCCUAACUCCUCUUUCUGAUGGAUCUGAAGAGACCCACAUUAUUUUUCGGUUUGGUAUGUCGGGUAGCUUCAAGUUUACUCCCCCAGACCAGAUCCCUAAACAUGCCCACUUGCGUUUUUACACCAAAGAUGCUCCUUGUCAUGUCCUCUCCUUUGUGGACCCUAGGCGGUUUGGAACCUGGGUGGUGCAUGGAUCGUGGCAGCCAGAACGAGGUCCUUGUGUGAUGCAGGAAUAUGAGAAGUUCAGGGAAAAUGUUUUGAAAAACCUUUCAGACAAAGUAUUUGAUAAACCUAUAUGUGAGGUUAUGCUUAACCAGAAGUACUUCAAUGGCAUUGGCAAUUAUCUGCGGGCAGAGAUUUUAUUCAGGUUAGCGAUCCCACCUUUUAUUCCUGCUCGGUCUGUGCUGGAGGCUGUGAAGUACCAGAAUCAGAAUAAUGAGCUCUCACUCAGUAAAAAAAUAAAGAUUAAGAAGGAAAACCCGGACAUACUGCAUCUGUGUCAUCUGGUACCACUAGAGGUCAUUAAUCUAGGUGGGAAGGGUUAUGACCCUGAGCAUUCAGAUAAUUACUCUGAGUUUGAGAAAUGGUUGCGCUGCUACUUUGUUCCAGGAAUGAAAUCGCUGAGAGACAGCAAUGGACGGACUAUAUGGUUCCAGGGAGAUCCUGGACCACUUGCUCCCAAAGGCAAAAAAACGAAGAAACGUCAGUCUAUGAAUAAAGUGCAGAAGCCAUUAAAGGUGAAGAAGACUGCAAUCAAAGGCAAACUUGGAGAUGUGAAAAAAGAAAAGAAUGAAGACAUAGAGAGAGAUUUAGAUGAAGUUAAGGCUGUAAAGGCAGCAGUGAAAAGUAGAGGUCAUAAAACAAAGGAUGGUGUCAUGAAGAAAGGGGUGGAGGUUAAGCAGAAGUGGGGCAAAGGGAAAGAACCAGAAAAACAGAGGAGAGUUAGGAAAGUUUCAUCCAGGACUUCUGCACUCAAUCCGCCUGCCCGGCCCCUGAGGGAAAGGGGUGUGCAAGGCAUCUCUUUGCCAGCUACAACAAGGCCAAGUCGAUUAAAGUCUGGUAGGACUUCCCUGACACAGGACUCGCCAAUGGAAAUAAGGAGAUCACUGAGAAAACAUAAAAUCACGUAGAAAGUGGCCUGAUUUGGAAACAUUGUGGUUGGGCAGAGGUGCUCCCUGUCUUUUGAGCAAAGAGUUAUACAUUUUCUGUGAGGUAAAUGAACUAUUAAUAGUUUAGAUUUUAAGAGCUUUGAACAGCCAGUGACACUGGAUCUUUCUCAUUGAGGUAAUUAAAUAAAAUAUUCUAUUACUACUUAAAAAAUCUAGAAUGUAUCUGUAUGGUAUACAUUAAACAAUUUAUGGAAUUUUCUUAUAAGAACUCUGUGUGUAUUAUAAAAUAUUUUUUACUAUCUGUACUUUUUAAAAGAAAGGGGACAUUAAAAUGUUUUUAUAAUAA